UAUUACUCUCCACCAUUGAGGAAACUAUGAACACUGAAAAGAAGGAAUUGACUCCCGUGACCAGAGAGUACACUAUUCGUCUCUCUAAGAUUAGCCACAAGAUUUGCUACAAGAGAAGAGCUCCUCGUUGUAUGGCUAUGAUUCGCAAGUUCGCUCAGACUGCUAUGUGCACUGAGGACGUCAGAAUUGACCCCACCGUCAACAAGUAUGUGUGGAACAAGGGUAUUCAUGCCGUGCCUGCUCGUAUUCGAGUGCGCAUGAGCCGUAUCUCCCAGGAUGGCGAGGAUGGAAGCAAGCAUUUCUAUACCGUUGUUGAAGUUGUGAAUGUUCCUCACUUCCACCAACUCCAGACGACCGUCACCAGUGCAUAAUUGUCCUAAUGGCUGUUUUGGAGAGCGACCUUUAUC